AUGAACUCUUUUGUCAACCUCGCGGUCAUGCUCACGUUCUUGCUCUCGCUCGCUCCUUACAAGUCUCUGGCCGUUGGGAGCUCGAAUGUCUCGAGAUACCCUCUAGCUGUGCGGGGAAAUGAGACCGCAGAGCAAGGUUCAAAACCAGACAAGGACGCUGUUGAUCAUGGUCCCCCCACUGACAAGCGCUUCGACAACGCACGGUUUACCUACUAUGCGGACGGUUUGGGGGCGUGCGGCCAGUUCAACGGCCCUGGAGACUUCAUUGUAGCUCUGAACACGCCCCAAUGGGAUGGAGGAUCGCACUGUUUCGCCAGUAUCACCAUCACAGCCAAUGGCAAAACGGCUCAGGCAAGGAUAAUGGACCAGUGCCCAGGAUGCCCCUUCGGCGGACUCGACUUCUCACAAGGUCUCUUCGAUUACUUCGCGCCCGAGAGUGCUGGCGUAAUCUACGGGCGUUGGGAAUAUGGGAGUGGCCCAAGCUCGAGAUCCGAUGUCGUGCUGGACGACAAACCUGCGCACCCUAUGAAUCUUCACCAGAUACCCUCGUAUUCCUCGCCUACAUCCUCCUCUACCAGCUCGAGUACCUUGUCGACUACAACAUCGUCCUCCGGUAUGCUCACGGCUACGGCUACACCAACUCUCGGAACCACGUCCAUCGUGGAAACUGUCCUCGUCGAAACUAGCGGCCCAAAUAACGUUAAUCCCACCACCAUCACCCUCACCGCCGCCGGUGACUCCCUUCCCACCACCUCACUCGAGAAGGUGAUCGUCUUGAGCACUAGCACAGUCUAUGGGACCGAUCUACCCAUCCCGACGCCAGGUCCUCCGUUCACGCUGCGGCCGGGACAACAGGUAGCCGCAGGGAACGUCCAAGCGAUGAAUCUGGCAAACAUUCAGCUUGGGAGGAUGUUGGAGGAUGCAGUCAUCGCUAAACAGGAGGCAUUUUGA